GAGGAAGCAGCUUCCCGCUGCGUUGUUUCGGGCUCCGGGGGUCGAAAGAGGGAGGGAGGAAAGGCGAAAAACAAACACUACGUAGCGGAGGCUGCGCGCGGGCCGCCGCCUGCCAGCCUGCCUGCCUGCGUGCGUGCGUGCGUGCGCUCGCUCUCGCGGGCUCCGUGCUGGCGCGUGAGGCGGAGGCGGCGCCUGCGCAGUCGGGCUCGGUCGACGGUUCGCAGGGGAGGAGGUGGCGGGAGGCGGAGGAGGCGGCGGCGAUGGAGGUGAAGCGGCUGAAAGUGACCGAGCUGCGGUCGGAGCUGCAGCGGCGCGGUUUGGACUCGCGCGGCCUCAAGGUGGAUCUGGCGCAGCGGCUGCAGGAGGCGCUGGAUGCUGAGAUGCUCGAGGACGAGGCCGGCGGUGGCGGGGCCGGGCCCGGCGGGGCCUGCAAGGCGGAGCCUCGGCCUGUGGCCGCGUCGGGCGGCGGCCCGGGCGGGGACGAGGAGGAGGACGAAGAGGAGGAGGAGGAGGACGAGGAGGCGCUGCUUGAGGACGAGGACGAAGAGCCACCCCCUGCCCAGGCCUCGGGCCAGGCCGCGCAGCCGCCGCCGGAGCCCCCGGAGGCGGCAGCCGUGGAGGCCGAGGCGGAGCCCGAUGCUUCCGAGAAAGCGGCGGAGGAGGCCACAGCCGAGUCAGGUGGGGUAAACGGUGGCGAAGAGCAGGGCACCGGCAAGGUGGAGGAAGAUGAACCGGAGGAGCGGAGCGGGGACGAGACGCCGGGAUCCGAGGCGCCGGGUGACAAGGCCGCAGAGGAACAGGGAGAUGACCAAGAUAGUGAAAAGUCAAAACCAGCAGGCUCAGAUGGUGAGCGGCGGGGGGUAAAGAGACAGCGGGAUGAGAAGGAUGAACAUGGCCGAGCUUACUAUGAAUUCCGAGAGGAGGCCUACCACAGCCGCUCUAAGUCUCCACCACCCCCAGAAGAAGAGGUGAAAGACGAGGAAGAGGACCACACUCUGGUGAACCUGGACACGUAUACCUCCGAUCUCCAUUUUCAAGUCAGCAAAGACCGCUAUGGAGGGCAGCCACUUUUCUCAGAGAAGUUCCCCACCCUUUGGUCUGGGGCCAGAAGUACUUAUGGAGUAACAAAGGGGAAAGUCUGCUUUGAGGCCAAGGUAACCCAGAAUCUCCCAAUGAAAGAAGGCUGCACAGAGGUUUCUCUCCUUCGAGUUGGAUGGUCUGUUGAUUUUUCCCAUCCACAGCUUGGUGAGGAUGAAUUCUCUUAUGGUUUUGAUGGACGAGGACUCAAGGCAGAGAAUGGGCAGUUUGAGGAAUUUGGCCAGACUUUUGGGGAGAAUGAUGUCAUUGGCUGCUUUGCUAAUUUUGAGGCCGAAGAAGUAGAACUUUCCUUUUCCAAGAAUGGAGAAGACCUUGGUGUGGCAUUCCGUAUCAGCAAGGAAUCCCUAGCAGAUCGGGCCCUUCUACCCCAUGUCCUCUGCAAAAAUUGUGUUGUAGAAUUAAAUUUUGGUCAGAAGGAGGAGCCCUUCUUCCCACCACCAGAAGAGUUUGUGUUCAUCCAUGCCGUGCCUGUUGAGGAGCGCGUGCGCACUGCAGUCCCUCCCAAGACCAUAGAGGAGUGUGAGGUGAUUCUGAUGGUGGGACUCCCUGGAUCUGGAAAGACCCAGUGGGCACUGAAAUAUGCAAAAGAAAAUCCUGAGAAAAGAUACAAUGUCCUGGGAGCUGAGACUGUGCUAAAUCAAAUGAGGAUGAAGGGGCUCGAGGAGCCAGAGAUGGAUCCCAAAAGCCGAGACCUUUUAGUUCAGCAAGCCUCCCAGUGCCUUAGUAAGCUGGUCCAGAUUGCUUCCCGGACAAAGAGGAACUUCAUUCUUGAUCAGUGUAAUGUGUACAACUCUGGCCAACGGCGGAAGCUGUUAUUGUUUAAGACUUUCUCCCGGAAAGUGGUGGUGGUUGUCCCUAAUGAGGAGGACUGGAAGAAGAGGCUGGAGCUGAGGAAGGAAGUGGAGGGAGAUGAUGUGCCUGAGUCUAUAAUGCUGGAGAUGAAAGCGAACUUCUCUCUGCCUGAAAAAUGCGACUAUAUGGAUGAGGUGACAUAUGGGGAGCUGGAGAAGGAGGAAGCUCAGCCCAUUGUCACUAAAUACAAGGAGGAGGCAAGGAAGCUGCUGCCCCCCUCUGAGAAGCGGACAAACCGCCGGAACAAUCGAAACAAGCGUAACCGGCAGAACCGAAGCCGAGGCCAAGGCUACGUGGGCGGGCAGCGCCGAGGCUACGACAACCGGGCCUACGGGCAGCAGUGCUGGGGGCAAUCUGGAAACAGAGGGGGUUACCGUAACUUCUACGAUCGAUACAGGGGAGACUACGAUCGAUUCUAUCAGCGAGAUUAUGAGUAUAACAGAUACAGAGACUAUUACAGACACCAGUAUACUCGGGAUUGGCAGAAUUACUACUACCACCAUCCCCAGGACAGAGACCGAUACUACAGGAACUACUACGGUUACCAAGGGUAUCGGUGAAGCCCCUGCCAUUGUCGCCUGUCAGCCACGAAGCUGAAUCUCUGGGGGUGCCAAGCACCCCCAAAAACACAACCAAGGAAAACAGGGGCUGUC